AAAAAAAAUCAGAUUGUGCACCACUUUGCUUUUUUGUACCUAAUUUUAUUGUGGAGGGGCAUCUUUGAUGUCCAGAGAAUGUGAAAAGAAUCUUCCACUAUGUUUUUUCUGCAGGACCUAGAAUCCUGGGUGUCAGGGGAGCAUGGGUUCAUAGUGUUCACACUGGGUACCGUAAUGUCAUUUCUGCCUCAAGAAACAACCAAAGUCUUCUUAGAAGCCUUCAGGCAGAUUCCACAGAAGGUAAUAUGGAGGUUCACUGGUCCACUUCCUGAAAAUGUCCCAGAAAAUGUGAAGAUAAUGAAAUGGGUGCCUCAGAAUGACCUGCUGGCACAUCGUGGAGCUCGUGCUUUCAUCACUCACGCUGGCUCACACAGCCUCUUUGAGGGUCUGUGCCAUGCAGUUCCCAUGCUCAUGGUGCCAAUUAUUGCGGACCAGCCUGAUAAUGCACAGCGAUUGGUGAGCAGGGAAGUGGGUGUGGUGUUGGACAUUUAUUCUCUCUCUACUGAAAGCCUCCUUCAAGGACUGAAUGAUGUCAUCAACAACACCAAGUAUAAAGAAAAUAUGCAGAAACUUUCAGCGCUCCAUAACGACCGGCCGCUUGACCCUCUGGAACUUUCUGUUUACUGGACAGAGUUUGUAAUGAGGCACAAAGGAGCAAAACACCUCAAAGCUGCUCUUCAUAACCUCAACUGGUUUCAGUACUUCAGUCUGGAUGUUGCAGCCUUCCUGGCUGGAGUGGUGCUGUUUGUUGCUGUGGUGACAGUAAAAUGCAUGAAACUGUGGCUAAGGAAACUGAGCAGGAAGAGGAAGCAGGACUAAAGUUGUGCCAGAAGAUGACCUGACUGUAUGUGUAAAUUUUGCAGUAGCAGAGUUUUUAAGCAAUUAUGAUGCCAUUAACUUAACAGUGGCACC